AUGAGCUCUCCCGCCCCGUUUGGGUCCCUCCCUGCGCCGCGUCCCGAUCGACACAGGCCACGCCGACCCCAGCCCAGCGGCUCCUCCGGGUCCUUCCUUCCUCCGGCCGGCUUUCGCCUCCGCGCUCCGCUCCUCCAGCCUUCGCUCCGCCUCGGGGCGCGGCGCCGCUUCCCUCCGCCCCGGGGCCCGGCUCUUUCCCCGCCCCCGUUCCCAACCAGGACCCGUCCCGGGGAAGCGGAGAACAAAACAAAAAAGGAAGCGCACGGCUCGGCCGGGGAGCCUCGGGCCGAGGCGCAGCAAGCAGGCAGCGCCGUCUCCUUCCCCUCCUGCGCCGCAGCCCCAAGCCCCCGGGAGGAGAGCGCGGCAGGCAUGGCUUUGGCGCGCUUGCUGGGCUGGUUGGUCUGCGUCGGCCGCCUCCUGCCGCCGGGCAGCGCCUUCAAUCUGGACGCGGACGGCCCCACUGUUUACUCCGGCGCGCGGGGGAGUUACUUCGGCUUCGCCGUGGAUUUCUUCGCCCCCGAGGCUUCCUCGACGUUUCUUCUUGUGGGUGCGCCGAAGGCAAAUACAAGUCAGCCUGGAAUCGUACAAGGAGGCCAAGUUCUCAAGUGCAGUUGGAAUUCCAACAGAAACUGCAUCCCUAUUAUAUUUGAUUCUACAGGCAACAGAAAUUUUGCUGUGAACGAUCCAUUGGAAUUCAAGUCAAAUCAAUGGUUUGGAGCAUCGGUGAGAUCUAAAAAUGAUAAAAUUCUGGCAUGCGCACCGCUGUAUCACUGGAGGACGGAGCAGAAAGCAGAGCGGGAACCUGUGGGAACUUGUUAUCUUCACGACGGGUCUAAAAUCGUUGAAUAUGCUCCCUGCAGGUCAUCAAACAUAGAUGCCGAAGGACAAGGCUUUUGUCAAGGGGGAUUCAGCAUUGACUUUACGCAGGAAGACAGAGUACUUCUUGGAGGACCUGGAAGCUUUUACUGGCAAGGCCAACUCAUCUCCGAUCAGGUGACUGAGAUUGUGUCAAAAUACAACGCCAACGUCUACACCACCAAGUAUGACAACCAGCUAGCCACCCGGGCGGCAAGCGCUACUUUCGACGACAGCUAUUUGGGUUAUUCAGUGGCUGUGGGAGAUUUCAAUGGUGACGGCAUAGACGACUUUGUCUCUGGUGUCCCGAGAGCAGCAAGAACAUUGGGCUUGGUGUCCAUUUAUGAUGGAAGAACCAUGGCAUCUUUGUAUAAUUUUACCGGAGAACAGAUGGCUGCAUAUUUUGGAUAUUCUGUAGCGGCCACAGAUGUCAAUGGAGAUUACUACACAGAUUUGCUUAUAGGAGCCCCACUCUUUAUGGACCGUGGUUCCGACGGCAAACUUCUAGAGGUGGGCCAGGUGACGGUGUAUCUGCAGCUAGCUGCUGGGGGCUUCCUGCCCAUGAAGCUGAAUGGCUUUGAGGUCUUUGCGAGAUUCAGCAGCUCCAUUGCCCCUCUGGGAGACCUUGACCAAGAUGGCUUCAACGACAUUGCAGUGUCUGCUCCUUAUGGUGGAGAGGACAGGAAAGGGAUGGUUUACAUCUACAAUGGAAGAGCCACAGGUCUGAAUGGAAUGCCAUCUCAAAUCCUUGAAGGACAGUGGGCCUCUCAGACAAUGCCACCAAGCUUUGGAUACUCACUGAAAGGAGCUACAGAUGUGGACAAAAAUGGCUACCCAGACUUGAUCAUAGGAGCUUUUGGCGUUGACAGAGUUGCCUUAUAUAGGGCCCGGCCAGUCAUUACUGUAAAUGCAGUACUGGAAGUUACCCCGUCCAUUCUCAAUCCAGAGAGCAAAACCUGCAACCUGCCUGAAAGUAGCCAGAAAGUUUCCUGCUUUAAUGUGAGAUUCUGCUUAAAUGCUGAUGGCAAAGGAAGCCUUCCCCGAGAGCUCACUUUCCAUGUGGAGCUGCUGUUGGACAAACUCAAGCAAAAAGGUGCCAUCAGGAGAGCCCUUUUUCUCCACAACAAGCAGUCUGGUCACUCGAAGAACAUGACUGUGGUCAAAGGAGGCCGAAAGCACUGUGAAGAACUUCUUGCUUUUUUAAGGGAUGAAUCUGAAUUCAGAGACAAACUUACUCCCAUCACUAUAUUCAUGGAAUAUCAACUGGAUUAUAAAACAGCUACAGAUUCGACUGGUUUACAGCCCAUCCUCAACCAGUUUACUCCUGCGAACAUUAGUAAACAGGCUCAUAUUCUUCUGGAUUGCGGUGAAGACAAUAUAUGUCGUCCAGAUCUACAGGUGGCGGUCAACAGCGAUCAGAAGCAGAUCUAUAUCGGUGAUGACAAUCCUUUAACGCUGAUCGUAAAUGCCCAGAAUCAAGGGGAAGGAGCCUACGAAGCAGAACUCUUUGUUACCGUCCCUCCUCAAGCUGACUUUAUUGGCAUCGUUCGGAACAAUGAGGCACUAGCCAGGCUGUCCUGUGCGUUUAAGACAGAGAAUCAGACACGGCUGGUUGUGUGCGACCUUGGAAAUCCUAUGAAAGCCGGGACAAAACUUUCGGCAGGUCUUCAUUUCAACGUGCAUCAAGAGUCCGAGAUGGAUACUUUUGUGAAGUUUGAUCUUCAGAUAAGUAGCUCAAACUUAUUUGACAACCUAAGUCCAGUGAUAUCUUACCAGGCGGACCUGGCUAUCUUAGCAGCUGUUGAAAUCAGAGGUGUCUCCUCUCCCGAUCACAUCUUUCUCCCAAUACCCAACUGGCAACCCAAGGAGAAUCCAGAAACAGAAGAUGAUAUCGGGCCUCUGGUUCAGCACAUCUAUGAGCUCAGAAAUAAUGGCCCAAGUGCCUUCAGCAAAGUGAUGCUCAAUCUUCAGUGGCCGUACAAGUACAACAAUAAUACCUUGCUGUAUAUCGUCCAGUAUGAAAUUGAAGGACCCAUGAACUGCACUUCAGAUAUGGAGAUCAACCCACUAAAAAUCAAGAUGUCAGCUACCGGACAGGAUGAAAAAAACGAAACGUCAAAUGGAGAAGACAACCGCGAUCACCAUGUCAACCGGAGGGAUUUGAGCGCUGCCGAGGGAGAUGUACAGACUUUGGGCUGUGGAACUGCAGAAUGCUUGAGGAUAUUUUGCCAAGUUGGCCGCUUGGAAAGGGGAAAGAGUGCAAUUCUGUAUUUAAAAUCCCGCCUCUGGACUCAGACCUUCAUCAAUAAAGAGAACCAGAACCAUUCGUACUCGCUCAAGUCGUCGGCAUCCUUCAGCGUGAUCGAGUUCCCAUACAAGAAUCUCCCCUUUCCUGAAGAUGUUCACAAUUCUACAAUAGUUACCACAAAUAUCUUGUGGGGUAUCCAGCCAGCUCCCAUGACAGUGCAAAUAUGGGUAAUCAUAUUGGCUGUUCUAGCUGGACUACUACUUUUGGCUCUCCUGAUCUUUGUAAUGCACAGGAUGGGAUUUUUCAAAAGGGUGCGACCACCCCAAGAGGAACAAGAGAGGGAGCAGCUACAGCCCCACGAAAAUGGAGAAGGGACAUCAGAGGCCUAAGCAGUGUUUUAGCUGUGCCAUUUACUGAAACCCUUAAAAAAUUGCCAACGUCUUCCUUUUCCCUGUCAAUGGACAGAGAAAUCCAGAACUGCACUGCAAAGCGUCCCUUGAAGAUUGGGAGUGGUCUUGUCUUAACUGCAGAAUCCAAGCGAUGCAUUUUAAUUUCCCUGAUCAUUAAUUAUGUUCACGCGUAUGACUAAUACUUGAGCACCGAUGAGCGUAUUUUAGUGCCACGAUUUUUCUUACCCAGCCUCAGAAGGCAAUUUUUUUAAAAAAACGUCAUGAAUUGAUAGAACUUCAGCGGUUACAGAGAUGGCAUUUAAAGUGUGCCCACCUGCAGUUACUACUACACCGGUUUAAUGAGCUCUGUGGACAUUAACCGUCGACUUGCACUCUUGAAUGUUCCCAACUGGACUUUCCCAAGGUACUUACAAGUUCUUCAACGUACUCACUUGCCGUUACAUUUUGCUUCUAAGCCAGCAAUAUCUAACUAUCCAAAAGAUAACAUUGACUUCAGUGAUC